GCGAGGCCGGCGUGCACGCGGGGGGCGCCGCCGCCGCCGAGGGAGGGGUGCGUCCGUCCGUCCGUCCGUCCUGUGCGUCCCCCGUGAGGCGGGCGCCCGGGCACUGCGGCCGCCGUCGUCCCUGCGAGUGUGGGCAGGGCUGCCGGGGGCUUCCGUGGGCUCGGCCUCGCCCACCUCUGGAGGAAAAGCAGGGGAAGCCCCGGCGCCCGGCGGCCGCUGGCGGUGGAGCGCAGAGGACACGGCGCCGCAAGUCCCCGCGCCCGCCCGUCCAGCUUCGGGCCGAGGGUGCCACCCUGCCCGGCGCGCGCCUCUGCCUCCAGCGCCCAGCCCCGGGGAAUGCGGCGGCCCCCGGCUCCUGGCGCCACUCGGUGUCUCGGCUGGGCCUCCUCGCUCGUCUCUUCCGCGGCCCCGACGCUCCCGGGCCCCCUGAUGGCGGCCAAGUGGUUCAAGGAGUUCCCGCUGACCCUGAAGACCGCGUCGGAGCGCGCCAGGCCCGGGGGCGCCGGCGGCAAGCCGCGCAAGAACUCGGAGACGGGCGGCUCGGCGGCCACCCCGGGCAAGGGCCGGAAGAACUCGGCGGCCGAGCUGGGGGGCAGCAGGGCCGGCGGCGGACCCCCCAAAGACAGCCGACUGUCACGGGACAGCCUGCAGGGUCUGAUCCAGGCCGCGGCCGGCAAGGGUCGGAAGAACUCCCGGGUCACCGCCACCGCCCCCGCUGUCGCCGCUGAGGAGGAGCCCCACCGGGGUGCGGUGGCCAAGAGCGCGGGCUGCAGCACCUACAUCAGCAGGCUCAUCAAGGUGGACACGCAGGAGAAGAACGGCAAGGGUGCCUACCCGGGGGGCGGCAGCACCAGCAGCUCCAGCAGCUCCUCUUCCUCUGCGUCCUCUUCACCUUCCUCCCUGGGCCCCGAGCUGGACAAGGCCAAAAUAAUGAAACAAGACACGGUUAUCAUUUUAGAAGACUAUGCUGACCCGUAUGAUGCCAAACGGACGAAAGGUCAAAGAGACGCGGAGAGAGUUGGGGAAAAUGACGGCUACAUGGAGCCCUACGACGCCCAGCAGAUGAUAACAGAAAUCAGACGUCGUGGUUCCAAAGACCCCCUGGUGAAGGCUCUCCAGCUGCUGGACGGCCCAUGUGAGCCAGGGGAGAGCAUGAAGAUGGAGGCCACAGCCAAGAGACGCAGCUCCAAGGACCUGUUGGGGAAGCCACCACAACUCUAUGACACCCCCUACGAGCCCUCGGAGGGUGGCCAACGGGUAGCAGAGGUGAAGGCCCGGCCAGCAGACAGCAGGCUGCCAGAGGAGGAUGAUCGACCUGCCGCUGAGUAUGAGCAGCCCUGGGAAUGGAAGAGGGAGCAGAUCGCACGGGCCCUGUCAGUCCAGUUUGAGGGAUCCGAUCGACCUCCCAGCAAAGAAGAGACGGGCAGAGCGGCACACCACUGGCAGAAGACCUUGAGGCCAACCCUGUCGGCGGACCACAGUGACAGGGAGAAGGUGGACCCGGGCCUGGCCCUGGAAAAGCAGCCUUGGUAUCAUGGCACCAUUACCCGAGCUGAGGCCGAGAGCCGACUCCAGCCCUGCAAAGAGGCUGGUUACCUGGUCCGAAACAGUGAGUCGGGCAACAGCAGGUACUCCAUCGCACUGAAGACUAGUCAAGGGUGUGUCCACAUCAUAGUGGCUCAGACCAAAGACAACCGCUACACACUGGAUCAGACCAGUGCCGUAUUCGACAGCAUCCCUGAAGUGGUACACUAUUAUUCCAGCGCAAAGUUGCCCUUCAAAGGGGCAGAGCACAUGACCCUGCUCCAUCCCGUGCACAAGCCUCACUAAACUUUAGGCAGCCAGAGCCCAGGCACCUUCGAGGCCGUUGGCACCCACCCAGCAUCACGUGGACAAGACUCUCUCUGCUGCUGCAGACCGGGAGUCGGCGCCUAGAAGUCAAGCAGUCUUUGGUCCUAAAUCCAGGACACGUGGUCUGACCUGGUCUUUCUCUUCCUGCCAAGUAGCUACACUCUAAGAAUGUAUCGCUUGCCUGUUGCCUUCGCCCUCGGAGCAGGAAGUCUGUCUGGGGGUAGAUCUAGAGUUCAGGAGCACUGACUUGUCCCUCAGUGCUGUUCUCUGGAGUUCCUGGACCCUGAACAUCAGAAACCCCCUCGGCCUUUGCUAGUGGCCACGUGGACUAGAAGAUCCUGCAGUGAGCCCCUCGUGGGGAGGUGGAUGGACAGUGGGAAAUGGAACAAUGGACAGGAAAGCUGUCUUUCUCCAGGUCCUGAUGCAGCUGUGGCCUUCAUACACAUUCACAAUGUAAGGACUGUGCAGAGGAUUAUUCGGCUGGUUGGCCUUCCUAAGAAAAGUAUUUGCUUUCUCGGUCUCUCUGGACAUCCGCUUCCAGCAAAUCAGUAAUACAAGCAAAAAUUGGAUGGAAGAUCCCAGAUUAAAGUGUUACCAAUAUAAUUGAGUAAUGACAUCCUUUGUGAAAUUCUGGUUAUUAUUAAGUGUACUCCAAAGAUUUGGUUUCUGAUUUAAAAAAAAAAAAACACUACAGAGCUCAAGAACCAUUUUGUUAUUGGAUGAUUACAUAAUUCAGACAUCUUUUGUUUUCUCUUUGUGGAUUUUAGUUGCACGGAAUCAUCUUUAAGUUUUCUUUCUAAAAUUAGAUUUGCUCUGUAUUUUUAGUAAAUUUUUUUACAAGAAAAUUGGGAUCCAGUUGUAGGAACCAAAUCACUGGUGGGAAGAUUUCCCUGUAUGUGCAGAACAAACCAAUUUGCGCCUACAGAAACAUUUUGAAAGGACUGAAGUCAUCUCUGCUGCUCUCCAAGACACUCCAUCAUUGUAUUUUUAUCCUUGUGAUUUCUCUAUUGUGGAAAAUCCCGCCGGAGUGGCAUGCCAUGAGCCGGUGCUGUGGGGAAUGGGCCGGACCAGAACUGGAUGGACAUUCCUUGCUCAGGUUUGUAAACUGGGUCUCAAGACUGUUCCCAAGGCAAUGCACUGACCGCUCUUGGUGGAAAGUGGACCUUUGUAGCUUCUUUCAGAUGCACAAGAAGUAUUAACCUGGUCAGACUUCUUAGGAAAACACCCGUCACUUGGCUCUUGUGACCGAAACAUAGGAAGACUUUUGCUCCUGUUUAAGUGAAGAUGUUAGCCAAAAGGUUGUGUGAUUCUCUUUUUGUUUUCAAAAGUUGGAAGGGAUUUUCUCAAUGGAGCACCGUGAUCUUCACAAAGGCUGUUCUCACAGUCCUGACAAUUGCUUGUAGCGCAGGAUGUUCAUUUUACAUGUUCAGUAGCUAGAGCUCCAAUUCCAUUCAGCAGAUGUUUAUUAUCACUUAUUAUCUUGUGUGUGUGUAUUGUUCACUGUGUUAAACCUAUUUUUAGCUCAUC